AUGAAUCGAUACGAACAAGAGUACACUAUACUCAACAUCAUUCAGCGAAAUGAAGACGAAUGCCUUGCAGGAAAUGAUUACAAUGGAAAAUACUUUGUUGCCAGGAUUACGACGGUACCAGUCUUGUUUAUACUUUCAGCUUUAGGUGCAUUCGCACCCUUGGUUGCAAUGUAUACUCAAAAAUUUAAAGUUCCAAGCUACGUAUUUUUUGCAAUCAAAUUCUUUGGAAGCGGAGUUAUUAUUGCCACCGGGUUUAUACAUCUUAUGGCAGAGGCUAAUGCCAGUCUCACAAAUACAUGCCUUGGGGCACCAUUUACAGAGUAUCCAUUUACUGAAGCAAUAGCUCUAAUGGCGUUGUAUCUAAUUUUCUUUUUUGACGCGGUUGCCCACAAAAAAUUGGUUGAAAAAGCUGCUAACAUGUCUGGACUUGAAAAUCCACUGCAACCUAGCGACAAGAUCUCCAUUAGCAGAUGCUCUUCAGGGUCGUUGUCUGUGCUAAGUGCAACAAAAAAUAUUGACAAGGAGAAACAUAGCGACAAUGAAAACGAGGAAAAUAAAGUUAAUAUCAAAUCAUUUGAAAAAAUGUAUCAAAAGAUACUCAAUUGCAUAGUAUUGGAGUGCGGAAUUGUGCUCCACUCUAUAUUUGUUGGCCUUUCUUUAACAAUAUCAGGGGACGAGUUUGUUACAUUGUACAUUGCCAUAGGGUUCCAUCAGUUUUUCGAAGGCUUGGGAUUAGGCACCCGAUUUGCAACGACGCAGUGGCCCCCAGGGAAAAAAUAUGUACCGUGGUUAAUGUCACUUGCAUAUAGCUUAACGACACCGCUUGCUGCCGGGAUUGGAUUAAUAGUGAGAGGUAGUUAUCCAGCAGGUUCGCGAACUGCACUAAUAGUCACAGGAACAUUUGAUGCUGCCUGUGCCGGAAUAUUGAUCUACAAUAGCGUAGCUGAGCUUAUGGCUUACGACUUGAUCUACUCUGGUGAUUUCGAAAACUCUUCCAUGAAUCAAUUAUUGCUUGCAUAUUUCUUUUUGGCCUUGGGCGCAUUAGCUAUGGCCAUUAUCGGUAAAUGGGCAUAA